AAAUCCACACCACUAUCCAGAGCUUUCUCUACAAGUAAAAACGCGCACACACAGAGUCGAGCACGCGCACACAGGUUCGUGCAGUGAGACAGAACAGAGUCAAACGCAGUGGAUCGUGUUCAGACUGAUCACCCCACGUUUUAAUGCUGAAACGCAGUAGCUGCAUCACAUUUUAAAAUCUUAAUUCUGUAGCACUACCUGAACUUUCAUAUGCCUACUGUUUAUUUAAAUUAAAAAUGAAAAGGAUUGGAUAAUGAUUUUUGCAGUCAUUUUGCACUAGAUUAAGUUCUCAACAAUUCAGAAUCCCAAAGUGUAUACGGACAUAAAAGCUUGAUUUUGCCGCACACAAAGUUGUCAUAAACACCUUGGGAAUGGAUUUGAAUGCUGACGCCAGCAUUCCCACCGCUGCCCCUGGUGCAGUGGAGGAAGAACAGCAACAGCAACAAUCUGAGCAAGAAACCAGUCAGCAACGCACAGAGUCGGACCUCACCGCCAACUCCUCUCAGCCAAUACAAAACGAGCAGCAAGAUCCACCCCCCGCCACAACACCUACUCCUGCUGUAGACCCCGCACCCUCUCAGGAUGCCCCACCCAAAGAUCACCUGACAGUCAUUGACGAGAAGAUGGAAAUGAGUAAUGGUGUUUGCCCGGCUCCUAUCGACAGCUGUCCGACCGCUUCUUCUCCUCCUCGUCAGCAGCAUGUCAAACCCAACCACACACAUGCGAACGGGCGUGCCAGGCUGAGCAGCCGCUCCGGGUCACUGAGUCUUGCGGGGUCACCUCGACCAUCGCUCACUCGACAGCCCAGCGCAGCCACUGACGCUGGAGGAGACGGAUCCAAACCCAAUGAUUAUCUCAUAUGGGCUAUUCUGGCCUGCCUCUGCCCUGUCUGGCCCAUCAACAUCGUCGGCUUGACCUUCUCAGUGAUGUCUCGUAACAGUCUGCAGCAGGGCAACGUGGAUGGCGCACGCCGUCUUGGCCGGAAUGCAAAGGUCCUGUCCAUCGUGUCAUUGGUGGGUGGGAUUGUCAUCAUUAUUGUUACUAUCGUCAUCAACUGGGGUGUAAUACUUAAGACCUGACGGCCAUCACGACACUCAGGAUGAAGUAAAAUUCAUGACUAAACUUCAUGCCCAACCACCAGUACAUGAUGACCAUUUUCUUCUUCCAUGUGUCAUUCAUUUUCUACAUCUGAAUGCUCCUGAAUGCUUUUUCACUUGUUUUAUACUCUGUCUGAAGACUCUAAAGCUGGAUGUUACCUUCAUCUUCUGUCGUGCCAGAACUAUCAGAAACAACAUGGACGCUCAGCAGGAUCACGAGUGAAGUGGCAAGGCGUGCAUGUUUGUUUUUUUAUUUUCAACAAACGACUCAUUUGAUGAUGUCAGUGAGGAGACCACAAAGAUGAUUUCAUUUCAUUCGUCACGCACCCCUUGAGGAUGUGAGGGAGGAAAAGAGUGAAAGGGAAUUGCUGGAGAGGAUUCAUUAUUUAGAUUAGAGGUCCCCCUGUUUUCUCAGAAGAGUGAAUCCAUAAAGAAAAGCUCAGAGUAAAAUGUAAUCGAUUGUAAAGCAGCAGAUGCCUUCUGUAUUGGUAUCAACAGAUGAGUCCGAUUACCUUAAGAGCUGCUGUUGACACACGUUUGUCUAGGUUUUCUUAUUUCCUGUGAAGGAAAGAUGAGAACUUGAGGAGGGCAGGAGAGCAGUUUCCCAGCAAUUAAACAUGUGUGCUUCAUUUUUUAAUCAGACACGAUGAUUGUCUCAAAGGAAAGGAAUGAAACGAUAUGGAAGAACGCCAUAGGAGCCUCUCUAUUAAGAUGCAGGUUGAUGCACAUAAACAAAAAAUGAUGUAUCAGAGAGAAAGAAGGAGAGGUGAAGAGAAAAUGGGAGGGAUUGAGACCAAGCUGCAGUCUUUUGUUUCCCACAGAUGGAAGGAUGGAGAAAGAAGAGAGGAGGGGGCGGUGGCUUCAGAUGAAAAGAUACCCCAGAGAUGGGGAGAUGUAGGGAAUGCAGUAGUGUUGCGAGGGAUCUGAGCUGCCUCCGAUUGGCUGCUUGCGUGUGUGUGUGUGCGAAUGAGGAAGCCAAUAUCAUAAUGCUUGCCAACAUGCCCUCCCCUCUUCCUUACAGCUAUGCUCUGCCAGAUCCUUCAAGGCAAACAGAAAGCAAACCAUUUAUUUAUUAUUGUGUUUUAGCAGUAUGAGGCAAAACGAUGAUGCUCAUGUUUUUAUACCGUAAUGUUUACAGUAGAAUCAGACUCUUUCGGCACAUUCAGCAGGAACGCUAGGACGUUUUGACUAUGAUGAAUCGUUUUACACAGCUAAAACUGCUUGUUUGGUGGAAUGAUUUGUUUUGCUCAACAGAAUGAUACCUGAAUCAUUCCUAGCUAGGCCACACCGACUGUGCCAAAAUGCAGACGCUGCCAAGACUCCAGCUUAGAUGGGCAUGUGGGAAAUAAGAGCAUGAAGGCAUGUUUAAGAAGGCAUAUAUGUAGGGAUGCACCGAUAUUAAAAUCGUAGUCUAUACCAAUAAUCUCUUGUGUUAUGGCCGAUAGCUGGUAUAAGGCUAAUUUUCAAAAUCUAUACUAUUUUGUCUAUUUAAUUAAAUUAAGAAUAAAACACUAAAAACUACGUUUAGGUAAAAAAAAAAAUUAAUUGAGAAUUUCUCAAGAUUACAUUCACAAUGUUAUUGAAUUAUUCCUUUUUUAAAUUUUAACUUUAAGUUAAUCUAAAUGUAAAAAUAGAGGAAAUUAGCGUGCAUAUUUAAAUAUCCAAUAUCGGGCAAAAAAUGUCCAAUAUUGACUGACUAAUAAAUACAACAACUGAUAAAUUUCAUUUCAAAUCAGAGGAAAUGAGCAUGCACAAUUAAAUAUUCAAUAUCAAAAAAAUCCAAUAUUGACUGACUGAUAAAUUUAAAUACUACCAAACGAUAACUGAUAUAAUACCUAAAUAUAGCUGCAAGCAGCAAUUAUCAGGGUUCAGGCACUUAAAGGCCUUAAAGCAAAUACGUAAAAAAGUAGCAAGCCUGUUAACCAUCUUGAUCAUAGAUGGAAAAGACCAUUUACAGCAAAUACAGGCAAUAUACCAUUGGAAACAUAUAGUUUCUAAAGCUUUUUAACAGUUAUCGAGGUUGAGCCAAAGACCUAGGACUAGUUCGCCAAAGUUGAUUUUUGAAGUAAUCUCCAAAAUUUAACAAAUGAUUCGGUGGACAGUGGUGGUCCUAGAGGCAAAGUUGGUCAGAAUGAGGAGUUCUACCAUGUGGUACAAAUGUCGUGGGCUAAACGCAAAGGCGCCCACGCCUGGUUUGGUUCCGAUCAGGCUAAAAACCUAGGACUAGUUAGAAAAAGAAAAAUCCAAAAUACCCGAAAAUUUUACAGAGGCAUGCAUUUUGUUCGUCUUGAGCCAAGGAUUCCAAUGACAUAAGACACUUGAGCCUAGGAGGUUUAGAAGUUAUAAGCGAUUUCAUACUUUUCACCAGUGUAGCGCUCCCAUCAGGCCGAUCAGGGAGAGUCUUGGUGACAUUGUAGGCGGUAUGAGUACCACCAACCCUCAAAGUUUCAAGUCUCUACAACUUACGGUUUGGUCUGCCUGAUAACUUUUAGAGGAGAACGCGGAUCCUUUGAAAAUGUAACAAUUACAAUAGGUUUCAACAGUAUGCUCUUGAACCCCUAAUUAUUGUGCGUCCCUACAUAUAUGGAGUUCUUUCACAGAUAAAAUCACAAAUCCCUCAUCUUCAUGGCUUCAGGUCUCUUGCGUGCGAUUCUGUUCCAUUGAUGUUUACAGCUUUUUGACAGAGAUGGGGCACGUGUUAACUCUCUGAAAUCAAGUAUUGUUAUUUUUUUACAAGGCAAAACCUAUGCUGAUUAGCACUUUGUAAAUGAUCUGCAUCUAACGAGAAUAAUUUACUAUCACAACAAGCAGUAUGAUGUCGAUAAAGGAUACUGACUCGGUUUGGGUAGGGAGAGGCCUCUAUUUUCGGGGCUCGCAUUGAGCUACGCUUGCGUGAACAGAAGGGGCUACUACAUUUUUUGAUUCAUUUCCGUUUGAGGCCACUUCACAUCCGCACCACUCAAAUAGGAAUGACCGUAGCAUGCACAUGAUUUGAUCCAACUGCGUGCAGUCAGUGAAUGCCAGCUUGACUUAUGUUCUCUUGAAUUGUUCUGCUCAGCUAUUUAUAUUUAACCUGCUUACAAUUCAUGCUUGUAUAUAUGUGUGUAUAUAUGCGUCUGUACAUAUUUGUACCGCUUCCAAUUCCAUCUGGUAAUCUGAAUCUCAUUGAUGGACAAGAACAGUGUGCGUAAUGCAACUCUUGACUGUUAACACUGCAGUGCUUUCACAAAUUUUCACACUCUUGAGUAUUUUUAUUAGUAAGUAUUUUGAAAUCAGCCCUCUCAGCGUACUACAAUAAGUCCGCGGCCAUUUGUUUUGUAUGCCGUUUGUGCUUUGCUGAAACUUUGACUUUAUGAGCAUGUUUACACAUUGAUUACAGAUCAUCUAUGCUGCAUAAUAUAAUUCUGAAAGAAAUGUUUCAAAAACACCAGCUGAGUCAAAUUCUCUGGGUUACAAGUUCUACCUGCCGUUCUAUUGUUUUGUAAUUAAAAAUAAAUCCGUAUUUGUGUUUAUUAAACAUUCCCUUACAAAUUCAACAGCAUUUUGGUGAAAGCACCCGUGCUAGUCAAGAUUCCUCUGUGACAUGAAUUGAUUUGAGAGGCAUUAUGAUAACUCUUGUUGCUAAUAUAAUCUUGAUUUUGUGCAGAUUUGCCUGUGCAUGCCUUAAUGAAUUGCUUUGGAACAAUAAUAUGUGAUGUACACUGUAUCUGAACCGAAGCGUUUGAUAGAUCUUGCAGUAUUGAUCCUUAUUCUACUCUGUAUACUGGAACUGAUUAUGCAUCAAUGAGUCCAGUGAAUAAACUGUCCCUCAUUAUGCCACUCCUCUGUCUUUAUAAACACA